CCUCACCCACCCAAUCCUUCUUCUUCUCCUUCUUUCUUUCUCUUUCUUUUUUCCUGCCCUGGGUCUCCAUGGCUGCGACGAACCCAACCUGCUGGAUCUCGACAGAACCCAGCCUGGCUGGGUUUCCCCGAACCCAGCCUGGCUGGGUUCCGACGAACCCUGCUGGGUCUCGUCUAACCCAGCCUUGUUGGGUUUACCCGAACCCAGCUAUUGGGUUCGACGAGACCCCAGCUGGGUUCCGAUGAACCCAGCUUUGCUGUUUCGAUGCUGAAUUCAUGUUUUUUCAUUUUUCUUUGGAUUUUCAUUUCUAGUUGUUAAUAAAUUUGAGAGUUGAUUUACAAUUUGAUUGUAUUUUUGUUGGAGUUUGAUUAGAGUUUGAUUGAUAUUGUUUAUUUUGUUUAUUGAAUGGUUAAUUUGAUUUGAUAAGAUUUACUAAGUUUGAGGCUUGAAUGAAACCCAGUAACUGGG